AUGGCAGAAAACUCUAACGCUUCUUCUGUUAAUCCAAUUGAUACGUCUAUACGAAAAUCUAGUGGUAAACCAAAGUCAAUUGUAUGGGAAACACAUAUUAAACAAGGGAAAGAAAUUUCUAAAGGCCAUUGGAGUGCGACAUGCAACUAUUGUAAUGAGUUUUGGUACAAAGGCUCCCCUGCUUCCCUUGAAGCUCAUUUAGGUAACUCAUGUAAUAAAGCCCCACCGGAUGUUCGUAGCUUAUUUUUAAGUCGAUUAGCAACAAGAGAACUUGAUGCAUCAACAUCAAAAAAACGAAAACUUAAUGUUCAGUCACAACUUUCUGACUUCUGUGCUGCCGGUAUUCUAAGGUCUCUAGAUCAAAAUCAAAAAAAAACUUUAUUUAUUAAUAUAAUUAUAGGAAGUACUCUUAAAACUUUAGCUGAAGAAAAUCUAAUCGAAGGCGGCGGUCUUAAACAAUGGGUAGAUACUCAUGUAGUGUGGGCACGAGGAACAUUUCGACGUAUUCUUCUUGCAGCAGAUAACUUCUAUGAAAAAAUGGGUAAAAAACAUAAAGAAAGAAAAAUGUUAAUGUCACAAAUGAGAAGUUAUCGAUACCGUACUGAGCCGUUUGAUGUGCCUUUCGAAAAUAAUGAAUCUCCUACGACGUGCGAUGAUGAUGACUACGAUGAAGAACAAACCACCAGUGAAGUACAAGAUGUGGAGUUUCCGGAAGAAGAAGCACUUAAUAUUGAGGAAUUGUUGAAUCUUGAUGCGGCUGAUUUUACAAAUGACUUAGGUGAAAUAGUUUUUAAUACCAACUUCGAAUCUUCUGAAGAGGAACAUGGUAAUGUUCAAAUUAAUGAUGCCGAGAGCAAUGUUGAUGAGGAAAAUUGGGAUCCUGAAAAGGAAAAUUCACAAUUGCAUUUGCCUGCCUGUGGACUUCUCGUUCGAUCACGGUUUCACAAUAAUUUACGCACUCUUCAAAGGUUGGAUACUUGGUCAACAGAAGAGUUAAAUAUGAGCAAAAAGAACCGAAAACGGUGGGAGUACGAGGUUAAAUUAUGGAGGGCUCUUUUAGAUACCUCUGUAAAAUUCAAUACUAUUAAUGAUGUUAACCAAAGAGCAAUUGUUCUUGACUUGUUCUUUGGCUCUUUGGAUAAUGAAUGUCCCCUAAACGUGGACAACAUCAACUAUCGACCUCCCAUAUACUUCGAGGUCGAGAUUGCAGAAGCUGAAGAUAAUAAUGGUGAUAAUUAUGAUUAUGGAGCAUUGGAGGGUUCCAGUGCCCAACAUUGCCCGAGACGUACCUCCAAUACCGGAUUAAUUUUCCAAACGUUGGCUGCUGGCUACAGGACUCACAAAGCUCUUUGGGGGUUUGUUCUGUGGGAAGAAGGUUUUGAAGAAGAAUUUUGUUUAGAAGGAACAUGGUGUAGGAUGGUUCUAGACCCGCUAUUAAAAAUUGUUACACGUAGAUUUAAUGGAAAAAGUAUUCGACAGUGGGGCGAAGCAAAAUCAUUGGCUUCGAAUUUUCGAAAAGGAAACAGUGCAAGAAAACCAGACUUCUGGUUUAUAGUAAAAGAUUAUGAAAAAUUGUGGAAAAAGCUAUACGAUGUAGAAAUAUUCCUUCUUCAAGUAUAUGAAACAAAUCUUAGGUUUUUUAUAAUGGAUCAGCCUGGGCUCCCACUGUGUCGCGUUCGUAAAAUUUUUGACUUCCAAAUUCUUUACGAUUACUCAGAUGAAAUUUCAGUUCUUUAUUUUACACAUGGUCUUUGGAAGAUUCGGUUAGGUUUAGAAAUACAUAACGUGAUAAAUAAUGUUUGUGGUGAAAUACAAAGACAACAGCGAAAACCUCUUAUUAAUUCUUCUGGUGUUCCAGCUGAAUUAUCUGUUCGAGAUUUUAUUUCUUUUCCAUCUCCAUGA